AUGUUGCAGAAUUCUAAGCUUGAGUUUUUCGAUAAUUUCUUUUUCGCGAAAGCAUUACAUUCAAAAAGUAGAAGAAAUGUGAUAUCAGGUAUUGGCUAUGGAGUUGGAAUUUCACUUCUUAUUGUUACACUUCUUUUCAAUUACUACUCUCCAUUAAAACCAUCAUCAUUACUGAAUCAUUCUAGUUUUCAUAAAAGAAUCUGUUUCUCUAAAUCAUUUCAAAAUGGAAUUUACAUAUCUCCUUGGUUUCUUUGUCAUUCAAAUUCUACUAGUUCUACACCUUCUUAUAAUGCUACGUCAGAGUUGCAAAACACGUCUGGAAAUGUUUCUUUGUUGCACGACAAAGAAACAGAAAUCCCAAAUGUGGGAGUGAAAAAUGAAACUAUCUUUAUUGGUCAGAAUGAUAAUAAGACCCAAGAUUAUGAUGAUAGGAAUGUGAACAAAAAUUCUAGUAUUUUGGUUCAAGAAGCUGGAGAUAAAUCACUGGUUAAAGAAGAAGAAGUACUAGAAGGAAACCCGGAAAACAUAACAACUGGCGCUUCUGAUCUGCAGCCUGGAAAGGACAGUAGUAGGACGACUGAAGAAGAGCAAGAAUGUGAUAUAUUUGAUGGUCAAUGGGUAUUAAGGGAGGAAGCUAGGGAACCAUAUUACCCAGUUGGUUCUUGUCCAUUUGUUGACAGUCGUCAUGAUUGUAUCCGUAAUAGGAGACCAGAUAAUGAUUACUUGAAAUGGCAAUGGCAGCCCAAUGGUUGCAAUAUCUCAAGAUUAAACACAAGUGAUUUCUUGGAGAGAAUGAGAGGAAAGAAAAUGGUAUUUGUGGGGGAUUCAUUGAAUAGGAAUAUGUGGGAAUCUCUAGUUUGUAUGCUUUGGAAUGUUGACAUGAAAGUCAAGAAGACAGGAAUGUAUUCAGUCAGAUUUGAGGAUUACAACUGUUCUAUUGAGUGGGUGUGUGCUCCAUUUUUGGUGAGUACAUCAACAUAUUUCAACACGACAACUAAGAAAAAAAUGGACACUUUAAGAUUGGAUAAGAUGGAAAAACUAGUAACAUUAUCUCGAGAUGCUGAUAUUAUGAUCUUUAAUUCAUGGCACUGGUGGAAUCAUCAUAAAACUGGGCAAAAUUAUUUCCAAGAAGGUAAUAAAGUAUAUCCGGAACUAGAUGUACUUAAAGCAUUCGAAAAAGCACUUGCUACUUGGAGAAGAUGGAUUGACAAGAAUAUCGACUCUAACAAAACCCAAGUAAUUUUCCGAGGAUAUUCCGAUACCCAUUUCAGCGGGGGUAAAUGGAAUACUGGUGGAAAAUGCAACAGAGAAACAGGGCCAAUUUCAAACGAAACGAAUUUCGUAGAAAAGUAUCCUUUGAAGGUGGAAAUACUCGAAAACGCUCUGAAACGAAUGAAGACACCUGUUUUGUAUCUAAAUGUAACUAAACUUACUUAUUAUCGAGCCGAUGGGCACGUCUCAAUUUAUGGUAGAAAGUACAACACAGCUGAAGAAGAGAAGAAUGCGGCCGAGAAGGCUGUACAGGAUUGUAACCAUUGGUGCGUGCCUGGUAUUCCUGAUGUGUGGAACGAAUUACUUUAUACUUCUCUAUUAAAGAUGGGUAAAUUAUGAUUUUAAUUACCAAGAAAAACAUAUAAUAGAGUACUUUAGCGUAGUGUGCCUUUGAACUUUUAAUUUUCAUAGCUGUUUUUAGCUUUUGUUCAUGA